AACAAGCUCGAUUGUACCUCGAGACCUAGGCAGAGCGUGGGCAAGUUGCAUUCCGUCAAGUCUAGGAACUACGAGUCUUUCCGCUUCGCGUUCUUUCGGUAAAAGGACUGCUGCAAGUCGCGACGCCCGGCUUCCCAGCAGCAGCCUGCCUCAACACACGCGAGGCGUCAUGGGCCGCCGCCACGCGGCGCUCGCCCUGCUCGUCGCGGGCGCGUCGGCCCUCGCGCCGCCGCCGCGGCUCCGCCGCCUGCGCCGCGCGCCGCGCGCCGCGCCUGUCGCGCGGCGCGCGAGCGGCGGCGACGACGACGCGGCCGCCGACGAGCGGCCCGGCUGGCUCGCGGCCAUAACGGGGGACGAGGAGCUCGCCGAGGACCUGCGCGUCUACGGCAAGACGCUGGCCGUCUGCCUCCUGAUCCGGUUCCUGAUCGUCGAGCCGCGCUUCAUCCCGUCGCUGUCCAUGUACCCCGGCCUCGACGUCGGCGACCAGCUCGCCGUCGAGAAGGUGACGAAGCUCGCGCGGCCCCGCGACGCGCCCUACCGGCGCAACGAGGUCGUCGUCUUCAACCCGCCGCAGAGCUUCAAGGACAUCGUCAACAGCCGCGCGCGGAACGAGGCGCUCAUCAAGCGCGUCGUCGCGGUCGCGGGCGACACCGUCGAGGUCCGGGGCGGCAAGCUGUACGUCAACGGCCGGGCGCAGGACGAGGCCUUCAUCAACGAGCAGCCGGCGUACGCGCUCGACCGCAUGGUCGUCCCCGCGGGCCACGUCUUCGUCCUCGGCGACAACCGGAACCAGUCGCUCGACGGCCACGUCUGGGGCUUCCUGCCCACGAAGAACGUCAUCGGGCGGGCGGUCUUCAAAUACUGGCCGCCCGGCCGCGUCGGCCCCGUGCCGUUCCCCGAGGGCUCGUACGCGUAACUACUACCUCUUAAGAGACGGCGACGGCGCGGCGCGGCGGAGGGCGCGCGUCGGUGCCGGGCGCCCGGGUACCCUGCGACGCGAGGUGCCGUAUGUGUGAUAUGAUAAGUACCUCGGUAGGAGCCGCGCAUUGUCCUUUGGAAACGUUGGCCUGUUGGAAGCGCGAAAGAGAGCCAUCACCUGUCGCAAGCAUGAAUUCACGUCACGCAAAUAGUUGAGGGAGCACCGGUGGGUCGUGUGAUCGUCGAGACCGGGCGUCGGAGUCGUGACUGCACGGCGCGUGGUAAGUAAUGCGAGGUAGGAAUAAAGGGGCGUACCGAU